AUGGCUAUGGCAUAUAUCAUAUGUUGUAUUGUAGCUCUUGAUACUGAAGAAAUAACAGAACAUGACCUCGAAGGACCUACAAGUGAAAAAGGAAAGUCGGAAAAUAAACUGACAGUAAAAAUGGAAGAACAUGCUGUAUUUGAAGCUAGUAAUAAAAACAACGUAAUUGAAAAUCAAUUAAAGGUAGAAGCAAGUGAAAUAAAUACUGUUGGUGGGAAUCCAGUCCCAAGUGGUGCUGGUCUACCAGGAAUGCCAGGUCUAGGUGGCUAUGUUAAUAUAGCACUUGGAGAAAAUGCUGCAUGCAACUUGAACAAUAUGGCAAAACUUGAUAUAAAGAAGGAAGAAGAGCCGGAAUAUUUCAUACUUAAUUUUGUCGCCCAAAGUAAACGAAGGCCUGGUCACUGGACGAAAAAACGUCAUAGAGAAGCUUUUAUUAAUGAGUUUGGUAUCUAUAUAUUUCUAAGGCUUCUUCACAUCUAUGAACAUCAAUUAGUUAAAAGAGAUAGCAAGGUCAAGAUAAAACCUGAAGAAAAACGAGAGAGAACAUUAGAGCAAGAAGAAUGGAACAGGAAGAUAUGUGACAAAAUGGAAGUAGAUAUAUUUGAAGAACUCAAUAAUUUAGUGGCUGAACUUGGCGACAAACUUUCUGCUGAUGAACAAAACACAGAAAUUUUGGAGGUCACAAACAAUAACAAAAUAGAAGAGUUGCCAUUAGAUGAACUGAAGAUAGCUAAAUCUAUUAUCAUAAAUGUACGAGAGAAAAGAGAGGAACAAACAGCUAAGAAAAAUACAACUUCAGAAGUUCCAAAGAAAGGAGUCAAGAAAAUAAAAAUUUCACAUGGAAUAUGGAGGUAACCAAUUGUUGAGAGAAUCAACUUCACUUCUGUCGAAGAAUGAAUUCCAAUUUUAACGUUGUCAGAAUAUGAGCAAUUUUAUCAUAUAAUAAAGAGUAAUGCUUCCGUCCAAUAUCAUUUGAUUUAUUUUUUUUUAUAUUAUAUGUAGCCUAUGUUUUUUCUAUAUUUAUAAUAAAAUAAUAAAUAUAACGUCGAUAUUGUUGGCUAUUGUUUAUAUAUUAUUUGUAUGUAAGAAUAUUGGUUUUAUUUAUUAACGUAUUGAUAUAAACAUCAGUUUUUGAAAAUGAUAUAAUGUUUCUAUUUAGUUUUAUAUGUAGUAGGUUUUGUGUUUAAAUAUUAGAUGUCAACAUUAUAUAAAAUUAUUUGAUCCACUCGG